AUGACGCUUGAGUAUCAAAGCGAGGGCGUUUGGCUUCGUACUCAAGUGGUUGAUUUCUGUGUCCAAUUCAUCGACAUGGCGAAAUUUGCUGCAUUUGUCUCAAAACUGUCCGAUAUCGCCGGUUAUCAGCAGUUGGUUGUAUCAGAUGGCGAUGUAUCCACAGAAAUGGAAGAAGAGAUUGACGUUUUCGAGCAAGAAGAUUUUGAACAUGGAGCGAAUGAAUACAUUUCCAUGAGGCCUCGAUUCAGCGUCUUUGAAGACUUGACGCAGUUGUUUAUGGAUGCAAGCACGCGUGAUGCAGGAGCACUUGAGGCGAAACGGACGAUACGAGGAUGUCUGCGAAGUGGACUUGUACAUCGAAUUCAGCGACGCGCGGCA